AUGGCCGAUUCAGCUAGGGUCAGAUCGAGGAGACGUAUGGAUGCCCUUAGCUUGGGAGCUGCGCAGGUCCCCAGAGGUCCGGUUUUGGACAAUGACAAUUUUUCUCAAAUGUUGCAAGAUGCUUUCAUUAGAAAUGCAGAACCUAUGUCAGUGGUCAUGCCUUGGGAGAAAGGAGUUGCAAAGACAAUCUUUUCAAAGGGGCCCAACGUCCUGAAGGUUCAGAAGCAGCAGUUGAGAAGUUGGGUUCAAGCCACUGACAACCUGUCGGAGGACGCAAUUGCAGCAGGACCGACAAUGGUUGGGGCCCCAAGUGCGACCUUGUCUGGAGCUCUGUUUGAGAAAGCCUUGUCGGUUGUAACUGAUCAGAAUUUCUUGGAGAAACGACAGGAAGAUCUGGAUUUGGCAGUGGACAAAUGGUUCAGCAUCAUCAGGAUCAACCUUUUGGGGUCGGAGGUAGGCCAAACCAUCAUUGGACAUGGAGGCAACAUUCAAGAGCAAAAAUUGGGUGCCUAUGAAACGAUCGAAGCAAUCAUCGGUGUCAGAUCCAGGACAACAGCCAUAUCAAGGGCAAAUGCAUUGCUGAAUUUUUUCAGGUGGAGAGCAGACUUCACUGAGGAUGACGGCAAGCCGGUGACCGAGCAAGCCGCAUGGAGCUAUGUGGCAAAGCUCAGAGCAGAUGGGGCUGCACCCACAAGGGCUUCAAGUUUUUUGGCUGCUUGUGGAUAUGCGUUGCAUGUGUUUGGAUUCAAAGAUUUUGACAGCGUGUACAACAGCAGGAGAGUGAGAGGGCUUGCAGAGAUCAUGCACUCUGGAAAAAACCCACUCAAACAGGCAAAGGUUCUUUCAGUUGCGCAGGUUGUUGCAUUGCACAGUUUAAUGGAGAACAAGGCGGCAAAUUUCAUUGACAGGGCGCUUGCAGCCUAUGCUCUCCUGGCCCUGUACGGCAGAUGUCGACACAGUGACCUGGCGUUUGUAGAGUGUGUGAUGCACGAUUUUGACUGGAAAGGUGGCUUCGUGGAAGUUUGGGUGCAGGAGGCCAUUGAAGCUUUUUCAGCUUGUGGUUUGAAUCUGGACGGCUCGAUCCAGGGACCGCUCUUUAGGCCCCCCAUGGCGGCCGGUGGAGGGCUGUGCAAACGGGGCUUGACUUCGUCAGAAGUUACAAAGUUUUUGAGACUACUCUUUGAGUGCAAUGACAACAAUGUUGACGGGCCCCGGGUGUCGUCGCAUAGCCUCAAAGCUACUGCACUGUCAUGGGCCUCAAAAUUUGGACUGCCCAUUCCCGACAAAGCAAUCUUGGGAAGACAUGCCAGCGCGACCACAGAAGCCCAUGCGAUAUAUUCGCGUGACCUUUCGGUAGCAUCUGUGAUGAAAUUGCAAGACAUCAUUUUGCGGAUUUCGCGCUUGGAGUUUCAACCGGACAAUCCCCGCAGGGGGUACUUUGCUGAGGAAAAUGCACCUUGCGCAGAGCCAGAUGCCAUUGAGGUGGUGAAGGUCGAAGAGGAUUCACCUGCCCAGGAGGUCGUUGAGAAUGAGAAAGAAAUGGACAGAGAGACCAUCUCUGAUCACCAGAGUUCAAGUGGCUCUUCAUCUGAGGAGUCAUCAAGCUCGGAUGAGGAGGUAAGACCGCCUCCACCUAAGUGUUAUAGGCACACGGCCAAGGACCAUCUGGCGGGCCGCUUUGUGAGCCACAAAACAUCGAAGUUGGUCCACUACAAGGACUCUGUGGUGGGUGAAUCGAAAGCUGUGGGCAAGGCCAUCUUGUCAUGCGGCCGGGUGCUGAACUCAAACUAUGACAUUGUCGUACAUUUCGACACAGUAGCACUUUGUAGAAGAUGCAAGGUGAAUGCAGUCAAAGACGGAUUGCUGCCGCCAGUUUAA